CCCAGAAUGAGCCCCAUCCCAAUCCCCCCUAUCCACCCCUCCUAAACUCCCCAUCCCCAGCGGCCUCCAGGUUCCUUCCACUCGUGCCAUGAGUUUGCAGUGCUCAGCCCCGCUUUCUUCUCUCCACCGCAGCGAUGUCAGCCGACAACUCAGCACCGGCACGAGAAGAGCUGCAGCAGAACGUGGUGGUGCGGGUGGCCAACCUGCCCCUGGUGAGCUCUGCCUGUAGCACCGUGUCCAGUGCCUACACCUCCACUAAGGAGAACCACCCCUAUGUCCGCUCUAUGUGUGAUGCUGCUGAGAAGGGGGUGAAGACUCUGACAGCAGCAGCAGUCAGUGGGGCACAGCCCAUCCUCAGCAAGCUGGAGCCACAGAUAUCCACUGCCAAUGAAUACGCUUGCAAAGGGCUGGAUAAGCUGGAGGAGAAGCUGCCCAUCCUACAGCAGCCCACUGAGAAGGUGGUGGCAGGGACCAGGGAGUUGGUGUUGGGCACCGUGAUGGGUGUGAGGGAAGCAAUGAGCCGCGCUGUGGGAAGGGCCUAUGGGGCCGUGUGGGGCGGCGUGGAGAGGACACAGAGGAGGCUGAGCUGCAGCAUCGACACCGUGGUGGGCUCCCGUCUGGGUCAGCUGCUGGCAGAUGGGACUGACACAGUGCUGGAUAAGUCGGAGGAGCUGGUGGAACAUUACCUGCCUGGGACGGAUGAGGAUGGCACCGAGGUGACCUCACGGGAGCAGCGGCGCCGGCGGCAGAGUCGCAUGGUGCGUGUGGGCUCCAUCUCAGCCAAGCUGAAGGACCGUGCCCUGCGACGCUCCCUGGGUGAGCUGCAAUGGGCCCAGCACAGUGCACAGCAAGCCCUGAGCCGCCUGCAUCGCAUCAUCGAGCUGAUCCAGCAGGGCAGGCAUGGAGUGGACGACUCAUUGCACAGCGCCAGGCAGCACCUGCACCAUAUGUGGCUGGAGUGGAGCCUGCAGGAUGAUGCACCCAUGGAGGACAACCAGGUGGAGGUGAGGACCAUGGCCAUGCUACGAGGGCUCCUGAGGCAGCUGCAAGCUGCUUGCACCCACCUCCCCAUCCGUGGGCUGCCCAGCAGCGUGCAGGACACAGUGGGGCACGUGAGACACGGCGUGGAGGGAUUGCACAGCUCCCUGUCCCGUGCUUGCUCCUUCCACGACCUAUCAGGCAUGGUGCUGGAGCAGAGCAGGCAGCGUGUGCUGCAAGCACAGCUGAGCAUCGAUGAGCUCUUGGAAUACGUGGGGCAACACACAACCCUGCCUUGGAUUGUGGGACCCUUCGCCCCCGCCCUCGUGGAGUACCCGGAGGAUUAUCCCAUUGAGAUGGCCAAGUGGAACGGCUGCGUGUGUGUGGGACACGGGGUGAGCACUGAGCUCAGUGACUGUGCAGAGGGGAGCCAGCCCCAAUGGGGUCAGCAGCAGGAUGGACUCGGCGGCCCGAUGUGGGAUCUGUGAUGCAAACAAGGGGAUGGUGGCACAUGGAAUACGACCAUCCCCGAGCCCAGAUGGCAUCAGGAUUCCUUAUCUUAGCACGUGAAAGAGAAAACAAAACCA